AUGUCUGACCUCGCCUCUUUACGUGCUGAGAUAAAGCAAUGGGAACGACAAUUUCGUGCAAAGGAGGGCAGAGACCCAGAUGUAAACGAAAUCAAGAAACGUCCAGAGAUUGCUCAGAAAUAUAAACAAUACAAGAGACUUCAGAAGGCUGCAAAGGAAUCGAAAGCAGCCCCCGAGGCCACCUCAUCUGGAUCCAGGACACCACCACCACCGGCCACGCCCUCCAGAAAUGGUGGAAAGCGGGCAACGGCGUUGUCCACCAAGCGCGUCCUUGGUUCCACGGGCCCACUCUCGACAUUCAAUCCGUUCUCCCCUCAGAAGGCUAAAGCCAAAGACCAAUUUCCAAUUGCUCCCAAAACACCGCGUCCCCUCUCCAACCCCUUCACCAGUCCAGUCAAGUCAAGACCCCGAAUAGAACAACCGGUGUUCUUACCGACAGGCGCUUCAAACAGUCGGUUUACAUCUACCCCUGAGCCUCCCAAUACCAUUUCUCGAGCUAGAAAACGUCUACGCGGAGAACCCGUCUCUCCAUCGCCCAACAAAGAGAAACGCAGGAGAAAGACAAGCCCAGAAUUGUCGCUGCCUUUCCCUAAGCUCACCUUUAAUAUGCCUGACAGCGACGAUGACGAGGAGGACGCGGAAACCCUGGUCGGAAAUUCGUCGUUUGUUGACGAUUCACCCGUUAAACCGGUGCCCUCGGCGAGAGGGUUCACCACCCUCUUCGAAGACACCGCCAUUCCCUCGGGCGACAUCUUUGGCUUGAAUAAACGGCCGGCGAGCGCUGCGACGGAGGCUGAUGUGUUUGAUGGCCCACUACCCGGAAGCUCGACUCAACCCGGUCAACGACGAGCAGUUAAACAACCAAAGAACGCGAAGGCAUCUAACGCAAAGUCGAAGAUCUUCCCUCAGGCUAAUGGCAAGCAACAAACCCUGACGCAAUUCCUAUCAGGUCCCAAGACAUCUUCCGACAAGUCUCGUGCAAUCAGUGAGGGUCCUCAAUCAGUCCCUUCAGGGUCUGCUACCCCAUCUGAGGAAGAUCCGUCUACUCGUUCCCCAAAGCCGAGGAGCAAGUCCCCGCUCCUUCCCCCAUCCCCUCCAGCAACAGGGACGACAUCGUCAAUAACUUAUAAGAAUAAAGGGAAGCGCAAAGCCGACCCCAAUGGCGUCGAUGGCAGGAAGAAAGCAAAGAUGGCCGCUGAUGAACAAUCGGAAGACGACACGACCUCGGACGACCUGGCUGGCAAAGUCAAAGUUGUCCAUCGAGCACGAACCGUGGAAGUCGCGUCCGAUGAUGACAUGGGUUCAGACUACGACCCUGUUUUGACUUACCUGCGGCAUGGGAAACAGCAGGGAUCACACCUUUCAAGUCAAACGCGACCUGAUACUACAACCACUGUGAUCGAUUUACCUGACAAGCUCCGAAACGUAUUAGCGUUAGACGCGGACACGACCUCCACCGAUCGCGAGGCGGAGAAGGUGUUCCAGUCCCUUGUUUACCGUCGUCGGGUAUCACAGUACGACCCUAAGAAAGGCGAGAUCUGGGACGUUGGAGAAGAGGAAGGGAGCGACGGGGAGGGGAAACUAGCAGGAGAGGAUGAUGAAUGGGAAGGAGAGCCGGUCCCUUGGGAGGUGGCCGAACUGUAAAGGCUAUGUCGGAUAUCUAUUGAGUGACUUUUCGUUGGG